GAAUCCGACAUCAAGAGAGAAAAGGAUCUGUUGUACAAAAAUCAGUUACUACAAGAUGAGAUUGCUAUGCUAAGGCUAGAACUUGAUCAAGUAAGACUUAGGCACCAGGAAGAAGGAGGAAAAUAUUUAGAGGAAAACAAGACCUUGAAAGAAAUAAAUGAAUAUCUCAGAAAGGAGCUUAAACUGAACAAGGAAGCCUUAAAGCAAACAGUUUUACAGCAUGACAGACAGCUGAACUUAUUAAAGACAGAAUCUGCAGUGCUAACUUCCGAACUUGAGCAGUCAAAAGGAAGCUGGGACAGACUGGAGACAGAAAUUGAAUCAAUUCAUUCCCGCCUGAACACUACUAAUCAAGAACUUGAACGUCAUCAGCUAUCCAAAAAUGAUGUUGAACGAACAUUUCAGAGAGAACGUGAUGAAUGGCUUCUCUCGCAGGACAAGCUCCAUCAUGACCUCUCUGAUGUGCGGGAAAGCAACAAGAGCUUGUCUAAGCAGCUGAGUAAAGCUGAAAGCAAAGCCAAUAAUCUCAAAAAUGAGCUUCACCAGCUGAAGCAAGCACUCAGAGAAAAAACAUUGCUUUUAGAAACGACACAAAAAGAAUUAAGUCAAGCCAAGUGUCAGGCAAAGGAAUGUGAACGUGCUCGACAACUUGAGAAAGAUCAAGUAAGCAAAUUUAUAAUAAAGCAGGAGUUCAUGCAGAAGCGUCUGGCCCGGCUGCAGAGCGAGAACCUUCUACUCCAUCAGCACCUGGAAGACGUGCAGAACAAGGGGAUCAUCCAAGAAAAAGUAGUGAAUGAUGUGCAGGAAUGGUUUAAUGAUAUUUUCAACAAACUCAGAGCUAUUACUGAGAAGCAAGUUUGCCUAGUGGAAGAGAAAAACAAAGAAUUAAAUGCCAAGUGUACUGAUUUAAUAGAGCAAGUCUCUAAAUAUGAAGCUGAGAAAGUAGAAAGAGAGGGCAAGGUCAGAGAGCUGCAGCAGAAGCUUGCUGAUGCUCUUAAAAAGCAAUCUGUGUCAGAAGCCUCACUUGAAGAUACUAAAUACUACCUCAGAGACUUAGAAGAAGACAAAUUGUGCUUGCAGAUGGGAUUGCAGGAGGUUAAAAGCAAGGUUGGUGAACUUUGCCAGCAGCUGGAGUCUAAAAAAUGCAUGCAACUAGAAGUAGAAAAGCAGGCUUUGCAAAAAGAGUUGUCCACCAUGCAUGGGAACCAUGAAAAACUGAAGAUGACCAAAUGGCAGCUGGAAGAAGAGGUGGCUAGCCUCAGACAUCAUUUGGAGACUAACAUGGUGGAUCGUAGCCUAAUGGAACAAUAUAAAAGAAAGAUGGAAGAAGAAGCUGAGCAAGAAGCGCAGGCAGCCUCCCGAGACAGAAUAGAACAAAAGAGAGCCAGUCAUGAUGCUUCACUGCGUAGCCAGCUAGAACGCAGAAUUAGAGAUCUCGAACGUGAACUGGAUAGGAAAAAAAGUACCCUACAAGACAUUCUUUCUAUAAAACAACGCAUGCAGGUACAACUGGAAAGGUACAAAGAGCUGUUUCUGCAGGAAGUGACAAAUAGAAGAUUCCUAGCAAAUAAUCUGGAAAU